CUCACAAUGCAGUCCGGCCGCCUCUUCCCCCUCGUGCUUCUUGCCCUGGGCACCCUGGUACCUUGGACUGUGGAAGGUGCUGGAAAUUCGUUGAAAGCUGGAGCCUGCCCUCCUGUAACACCUGGUCGAUGCCUUAACGUAUUUGAGACCCCUGAGUGCCAGAGUGACUGGCAGUGUCCAGGGAGGAAGAUCUGCUGCUCCGAUGCUUGCGGAAUCAGAUGCCUGGACCCUGUCAUCUCUGACCAAACGUGUAUGAAGCCUGGCAAGUGUCCUGUGGUCAAUGGCCGGUGUCUGAUCCUCAAUCCCACCAACCACUGUGAGACAGACCAACAGUGCGUGGGUGACUUCAAGUGCUGUAGGGGCCUGUGCGGGAAAGCCUGCGUGGAACCUGAAUCAGCCUGAUUCCUGUCGUUUAGAAGAGGUUCUGGAUUCCUAGUCUGUGGUCUGGGGCUCGGAUCACUGGGGCACUCCAUGGCGAAGACUUGGUUCUACCAUUACGAUCUUCUUGGGGGGAAGGCGUGGCACACAGUAGGCUUUCAGGAAAUUGGUGAAUAAAUAAAUGAGC